CCCCGGCCGGCCCCACCCGGCCAGCGGGCAGGUCAGGGUCCUCUGUACGCAGGAGAAGCGGCGGCUACAAGAGGAGAUACGCGCGGCGCGCCGCGAGCUGGAGGAAGAGAAACUCCGCGUGGAGCGGCUCAAGAGGAAGUCUCUCCGGGAACGCUGGCUAAUGGACGGGGCAGCUGAGGAGCCAGAGCGGCCCCAGGACCCCACCUCACAGGACCCCCAGUCACCUGAAGACCAAGCUCAGGCCCGCAUCCGGAACCUGGAAGACAGCUUGUUCACACUCCAAUCCCAGCUGCAGCUGCUGCAGAGUGCGUCCACAGGUGCCCAGCACAAGCCCUCAGGCAGGCCCACCUGGCGACGACAGGGUCACCGUCCUCUCUCCCAACCCAGCGUGGAGUCAGGUCCUGCAGGCCAGACUGGUCUAAACAAGAGAGCCUCCUUGCCAGCCGGACCGCUGGGCACAUACCUGGAGUCCCCCUCCGAGCCCAGAACUGAGGCUGCCGGGGUUCCAGCAGCCCCGAGGCAGGUCCCUGGGGCAGCAGGAACCUCCUCAGAAGCCAAUGGCCCCUGCCCUGGAUCCAGCCUCCCUCUGGAGCAGGAGCCGAGUCAGGGGGUGGUGGCACCUGAGGGGGCAGUGAAUGAGGCCAAAGCAGGAGGCAUGGUGAAGGUGGUGUGGGAGGGGCUGAGGGCCACGGAGGACUGUGCCGUCGGGGCCACAGGCUUGGAGCUGGAGGCUAAGGUGGAGGAGAUGGUAUUGGAGGCCAUCGGGGACAGGCAGGAGGCCAGCCGUCCAGAGCUCCCCUCGUGGGUCAAGGAGGACAGGGCCAUCGUGGAGGUGGUCUGGGAGGGGGUGGCGGGUACAGAGGGCAGUGACUUGGAGGCCAUGGCGGAGGCAGGCAGGGGCCCAGAGGCCUUGCAGACCAGCUCCCUGGGGCUCCAGGAGGGAUCGGGGGGAGCAGAUCCUGGAGCAGGUGCCCCCAGAAGCAGCCCUGAUGGUGAUGGGCAGGGGGUCUUUGGAGGAGAGGAGGGGUCCUUCAUUUGGGUGGAGAGAGUGACCCUCAGUGAGGAAUGGGAGGAGCUGGAGGUGGAGGGGUUGGAAGGGCCAAAGGCCCUGGGAAGGGAGGAAGAGGAUGAGCGUCCACGGGGGGCAGAGGGCACAGGCAAGGAGGAAACGUGGGAGGCGGAGAGGAGGCGGGCGGAAGGACCUGAAGGUGCAGAGAAGAGAGGCAGUGAGGGAAAGGCAGGCACGGAUCCAGAAGGAGCAGAGAUGUCACUGGCGGCAGAGGGGAAAGGAAGCCAGGAAUCCUUGGAGCCAGAGAGAAGAGGUGAGGAACACGUGGAAACAGAGAUGGGAGGAGGUGAUGAACCAUUGUCGGCAGAAAGGAAAGAAGCUGAGGGACCUCGGGGGGCAGAGAGGGGAAGAGAUGAGAAGCCAUUGGGAGUAGAGCAGAACGGAGGUGAGGAAGAGCUAGAGGCAAGCCAAGAACCAGAGGCAGCAGAGAGAAAAGGGGAGGAGUCACUGACGGCAGAGAGAAUAGGAGGUGAGAAGCCAUUGGAGGAAAAGGAAAAAGUAGAUGAGAGGGCAGAGAGAAUGGGAGACGAAGAGCCCUUGGAGGCAGAGAAAACAGGAGACGAGAAAUCACAGAAGGUAGCAGGACCGGGAGGUCAAGAGCCACUGGAGGCAGAGAAAACAGAAGAUGAGAAAUCACAGAAGGUAGAGAGAAUGGGAGGUGAGGAGCCAUUGGAGGCAGCGAAGACAAGAGAUGAGAAAUCACAGAAGGUAGAGAGAGCCGGAGGUGAGGAGCCAUCAGAGGUGGAGAAAAAUGAAGAUGAGGACUCGCUGAAGGCAGAGAGAACCGGGGGUGAGGAGCCAUUGCAGACAGAGAAGACUCAGGGGGUAGGGGAAGAGCAGAGAGAGUCAGAAGAAGAAAAGGAAUGUCAGGCAGAGAAAGUGAGUGAGGCAGGGGCUCCCUCAGAAGCCAAGGAGGUGCCAAGGCCGGAGGAUGAAGGACAGCAGCCCCAGGAGAAGCAGGAAGGCUCCCCAGAAGCAGAAGUGGAAGCAGCGAAGCCCCAAACUCCUGCUGAGGGCCAGGACCCCACUGGAGAUGCCACCCCACUCCUGGCAGAGACGUCAGCUCAGGAUCAGCCUGCUGAGUGCCAGCCACUGCUGCAGAUGGAGGGGCCCAGGGCCAACCCCAGUGCCCGCCCCGUGCCCACUUAUGCGCCUGCCCGGCAGCUGGAGCCAUCUGCCCCUCCGGAAGGUGAAGAGGCUAGCAGCCCUAAGCAGAAGACAUGCCAGUGUUGUGCGGUUAUGUGAGCUCAUGCCCUCCACCCACUCCCAGCUCCUCUCACAGCUACCUCGGCCUCUUGGCAUCCAGCAGGCAGUCCCAGGCGCAGACGGGGCACCGGACUGACCAUGGCACCUGGGAGCCCGUUGGUGUACACGUUCCACCUCCACCUGGGCUUCUGGACCCCUCACCCGCUGCCUGUGACCUGGCCCUCUUCUGUGACAAAGCUUUUUAUACUUGAAAAUAAAAUGCUAAGCAUUCGGA